CUUCAACCACUUCAACCCACCUUCUCGUCGCCCCAUUCGAAGCAAUUCAGGCAAUCCCCACCUACGACAUUAUCUCUGGGAAUCCCAACUAUAAGCCUCGGUCCGCCAUCUUCGGACCCUCUACCAGAGACUACAAUACAGCGACCCCGAGCACCCUGCGCGAAGAGAGAACCCUUCGCCUUCCCACACUCAGCUCAAUGAGACCCUUCGUCGCGAAGUCGAAUCUGAUGCCCUCGAAUUCGACGACGCCGCUUGUUUCGAUCGAUACUGCUUCCAGCAACGGCCAAUAGGUUGGAGGAGGGGAAAAAUUGACACUGGCUACGCUUUGCGCGAUACACACGACCAGCCGUUCCGACGGCGCAUCGCCGCGACAAUGGUGUUCGACUUGACAGCAUGGCGGAAGCCCGAGAGCGCAGCCGGUUCCUCGGCACCUGCGAUCAUGAUUGGAGCCUUCGUCGCGUUUGGAGGCAUUCUGUUUGGAUACGAUACUGGCACGAUCAGCGGCAUCAUUGCGAUGCGAUGGUGGCUCGACCACUUCUCAACAGGCAGUAGGGACGACGAAGGCCAUCUUUCUAUAACGCCGACACAGUCGUCCGAAAUUGUGUCGAUACUCAGCGCGGGGACGUUCUUCGGGGCCCUACUCGCCGCCCCGAUUGGAGAUAGGAUAGGGCGUCGGAAAUCUCUCAUGUUGGCAGUACUGGUCUUCACAUUUGGUGUCGCGAUGCAGACGGCCUCAAACACGAUUCGCAUCUUUGCCGCUGGAAGAUUCUUUGCUGGCAUGGGCGUCGGAACGAUAUCCGUGCUUGUCCCGUUGUAUCAAUCCGAGAUGGCACCAAAAUGGAUCCGUGGAGCCUUGGUUUGUUGCUACCAGCUCGCUAUUACAGUCGGCCUCUUCAUCGCCGCAGUCGUUAAUUACCUCACCUCAAAUCUAGAUUCCGCCAACUGCUUUCGGAUACCUGUUGCCAUACAGUUCGUGUGGGCCGGUAUCCUCUUUAUCGGGCUGAUUAUUCUCCCUGAGACCCCUCGAUAUCUUAUCAAACGGGAGAUGCACGCGGCAGCUGCAGCGUCGCUCUCUCGAAUCCGGCGUCUUGAUAUUACUCAUCCAGCCUUAAUCGAGGAAAUAGCAGAGAUUGAAGCUAACCAUGCCUAUGAACUCUCUCUUGGGCCCUCCACCUAUCGAGAUGUAUUCCGCGGCGCGCCUCACCUCGGAUUCAGGCUCAUGACCGGCUGUGGCCUACAAAUGCUCCAACAGCUGAGUGGCUGCAAUUUUGUGUUCUACUACGGUACUACAUUUUUCAAACAUGCCGGGAUCGAGUCGCCAUUCACGUACGGCCUCGUGACGAACGUCGUGAACGUCGCCUGUACCGUCCCCGGCAUGUUCCUCGUCGAGGCUUGGGGCCGACGCCGCCUUCUCCUGGUCGGUGCUGUCGGAAUGGCUUCGUCUCAGCUUAUCGUCGCCAUAGUCGGCACCGCGUUUGGCGCCCAGCCUGACGGCCAAGUCUGGAAUAAAGUAAUGAUCGCCUUCGUUUGCGUAUAUAUCGCCUUCUUCGCCAUGUCCUGGGGCCCCGUCGUCUGGGUUGUUACCUCAGAGAUCUACCCCCUCAAAGUCCGCGCAAAGUCCAUGUCAAUCUCCACUGCCACCAACUGGCUCUUCAACUGGGCCAUUGCCUACGCAACACCCUACCUAGUUAACAACGGCCCCGGCUACGCCGAUCUCGGCGCCAAAGUCUUCUUCGUCUGGGGCACCUUCUGCGUCGCAGCCUUCUUCUUCGUCUGGUUCCUCGUCUUCGAGACCUCCAAGAUCUCACUCGAGCAGAUCGACGAGCUCUACGAACGCGUCGACCACGCUUGGCACUCCACUUCCUUCCAACCCAGCUGGAGCUUCCAGGACAUCCAGGAGAACGAGGUCGGGCAGGCUAGCGGCGUGAGUCUGGCGGAUCGCACGGAGGCGCGACGGCGCCAGGUUGAAGAUUCGACCACGAUGCUGGCGGGUGUGCAUACGCAUGAUCAAGAGAACGGGCAUGGCAUCACGCCGACGCCUACGGGGAGCAGUCAGGCGACCAGCUCGGGGGCCGAGACGGAGGAGGAUAAGAUAAUUGCGUCGCUGGGGAAUGUGAAUUUCACGUUCUAACUGGGAUCAUCGGCGCGUUGUUUAUACGCUUUCAUUGCUUUUAACGCUUAAUACCCCACGGCUAUGUCAGAUCUUCUAUCCAUCCAUUCUAUCAUCAACAUUUACCGCGGCGUUUGUCAUCACCACAUCACCAUCACUCCGACUAUCACCACACAUCUAUCUGUCCAGUUUUUAUUCAGCGCGGCGCCAAUAUGCUAUACCUCAUCAUCUAACGGUCUAUUUAUCGUCAUAUAUUAUUCUUUAUUUUCGGGUGUUUUGGGAGGGAGUUUUAAGGGUGUUUGGGAUGGGAUGGGGUUAUGGACCCCCGGGAGGCGGGUUGGCUCAGCUUCCUCGUAUUAUUCAUGUUCGGCGCUGUUAUCGGGUCGGGUAUAUGAAUCGGACGAAUGGGCCACGGUAGCAGCGGUAUUAUAUGAUGUGUUUUGUCCCCUGAUAGGGAGGGGACAAGGGAUAGUUAGUCCAUAGGGAGGGGCGUGAUAAUACAGUCAAAUCUGGCUAUAUGCAACAGACUCGUUCACCUCGUCUUCUCUUGAUGUGUGAACAUAAAUAACACUAGUAUCGUUUGGCGGAUGAUUCCCCAGGCGCGAAAACCCAAUACCGAGAAUAUCGAAGAUUAUAAGGAGCACUGUGCUCCUUACAACAAUAUAGUAGCAAAUGCUUCCCUGAACCAUGCCAUCGAGGAUAAAGGGGCUUCGUCAGCAAUAACAAUAAUAUUGUUGCGACGACAGCAGCCAGCGAUGAGAGAGCAGGUGGUGACGAGAAGCAGGGGUGGGCAACGAGAAGACGGCGUGACGUUGAGAAGGCUGGCGUAGUGACUAGAAAGUGGCGUGUCGAAAGGUCCUAGAGGUUGUGACUUUUGACAUUUUGUCCUGCCGCCUGAUGACAAAAUCCUCUACCGUUCAUCGUUGCAUAUGCCCUCUUCAUUUCCCUAUUUAUCCAAGCAGGGAUUCCCCUCCGACUCCAGCCGUUGUCAGGUACGUACGUGCCCUGGGUGGGUGAUAGCUUUCCUGUAAUCUCUCAACUGGAGUAUUAAGAUUUGAGCAACUGUUAUGUAAAUUCUCCACGCUCACUCACACUUCGAAAGCACAUUCUCAUAAACCUCCACUGGCACACACCCAAAAUAGACACCAAGUAUCCAAAGGCACAUCCCCAGGAACUCUCGCCAGUAUACACUCACAGAGGCCACCAAGUAUCCAAAAAUAUAUGUUCAUUAGCCUCAUAUAAAAAUACACUCCCUAACCGCUCCAAGUCAACCACACAAACAACGACACCGCCACCCACAAAACCCUCCAAAAGCUCCCCGCAAACUCCCUCCCUAUCCUCCCCAGCGGCGUCCCCUCCUUCACCACCCUCUCGCUCCC